CCUCACAUCCCUCCAGCAUUCCUCAGCUAAGCGAAAGGGAUCUCGUUCCCACGUACAUUCCACAGCGGCGCGCUCCCUUAGACACAUUCUUCAGCCUCUUCGAUUACUCUCAUCAUGGGCCGCGGGCAGCCCUACCUCUACGAUCCCAAGCGAUCUUCACAGAACUCCGUGCCAGAGGUCUUCAAUCCAAGAGCCGUGACGAUGGCGAGCCGUGAACCACCUUCGCCGAGGAAGAAGCAGACUGGGCCGCUCAUCGACUUCAACAAGCAUCCAGAUAGCUACCUGAUACUUCCUUACGGGAAGACAGAAGGCAAAGUGAACCCAAAGAUUGCUCUUUACAUCAAGAUUGCUCGAUGGGUCCAAUUUGUUUUCCGCGUGCCAACUGUGCUGGGCGCCAUUGGAGCUCUGCUAUGCGGCAUCUUUAUCCGUGGAGCGCAAGAUACAGAAGGAUACUUAGUUAGGAUACCACCUGGUGUUGACAUCGUCCAUUGUCUGUAUGCACUUUACCACCUUCUCCGACCGGCAAAGGCGCGACCAGCCGGAAGCUCUGCAAGCUAUCACUUCUAUGCUCUGAUCAUGGAUGCGGGAUUCAUACCAUUCUACGUCUUCACCGUCCUGCUCGCAAGGCGCAACUACGACGCAAAACCUGGCAGUGAUGGGCGUUGGAGGACUUUCUUCCCAACAGACGAAGACACAAACAAAGUUCUCCUGACAACAUGGCUGAACGGAAUCGCGGUCGCGGGCUUGCAUGUUCUUUCGCUGAUCAUGGAUCUAUACCUACUUCUGGUCUUCCGUAAGAUCUCUCAUCUUCCACCAGACAUGAACCCUCUGGAGGACAAUUUGACUUCGCGCCGUAAGACCAAGCACAAGCAUAAGAACUCAUCCAUCUCCGCCAUCACUCCUCUCACUGCGGAGGACAAACGGUUCAGUGCACAAAGUGGUACUACGACCAUCGGCAACAGGAAUUCGCAAACGGCCCCAUUGAUCACAGAGAAAGAGAUUCCGUCUCCCGGUAUGAAGCAGAUGUCAUUCUUGCACACUCGCACAAACUCGGAUAUGAGCUAUUCACCGCACACACCAGAGACUGCCCGCCAUUCUCGUCAGUCUUUGUACGGUCAAAAUGCCUCUGCCCGUCAAUCUCGCUCCGAUCUGAACCACCGCGACGACCUGCUCCGUAGAGACGACCCAGAGGACAAUCAAACCUUGGCCCAGCGCAAAGCAGUUCUUGCUCAGAAAGCCAUCAAGAGGAGUUCCCGACCUCAAUCAUUCGUGUCUUCGAGCAAGGAGUUUUAUACGCCACCUACUACUGCUGAAAAACAAGACAUGACUGGUGGCGACAUCUCUCUGCAACAAUCUCUUCAAUCUGACAACUGGUUCGUCCACGAUGAACAAGAGGACUACAAUGAAGCACCACAAGCACCAGCACAAGCCCCAGUCCAGUCCAAGAGGUCAAUGUUCUCAAGACAAACGCAAGGAUACAACACCGUAGCAUCAGACGAAAUGUCCGACGAUGACCUCGAUGCCCCGAUGGUGCCCCAACCUCUACGAAUGAACCCACCGACACCUCCCCCGUCUCAACUGCCCAGCACUCCCGACAAACAGACAGCUCCCCCAUCAGCCCUCCAACGCACCUACACCACGACCUCCAUCUCCAGCGAAGCCACCUUCUCCCGCUCUCCCACGCGCGCAUCGACCCCGAAAACCCGCUACUACGGCGACCUACGCGCCGCAACGCAAGGCAUCCGCAGCGGGCAAUCCCCCUCCAACUCGCCCACCACGUCCCCGAAGAAGCGCUCCCUCCGCGAGAACGGCCUGCCCAGCUCCGUCAAAGCCUACACCGUCAACACACCCCCACCAGCAUCCAACAAACCCUUCAUGUCCAACUCGCCCAUCAGCCUCGACAAGAAGUCGUACGCCAGCGUCCGCCGCACCGGCGAAAUGGGAUACACCCCCGUCCACAACCAAUCCCCCCGCGUGCUGAGCCGCUCCGGCGUCGACUACGACGGCGCCUCCGCAUACGACGACGCUGCCGACCUCGGCGCGUCCGGCGGCAGGCGACGCGAUGUCAGUGGCAAGAUUGCAGAAGAGGGCCGCGGCGGCGCGGCGAACAUGGGCAGUCGUUGGGGAUUCGGCAAGGCGAACGAGUUGACGUAUAGGAAGGUUAGCGGUGUGGCUUAAAUGCGCUCACUCCCUUCCCUCCUUUUUUCUGCUUGGGGUGUCUCGAUAUCAUGGAGUACGAUUUGCGUGGUUGCGGGUGUAUGGAGUUUAGGGUGCAUUUUCUUUAACUACCAACUUGGGUGUUUUUCUGUUUGGCUUGGAUGAAGUGUGGGGUAUGGAUGGUGUCGUGGUAAAAUUACUGUGUGCAUGGCAUGAUGGGUGUAUUUUUGUCUUCUACUUUUUUUGUGACUGCUGGAAAGGGGUUGGGGUUAUGUACUUUGAUGUGGUGUCGGGGGGUAUGGUGGUAUGUACGGUAUAUGGGGGAAUAAGGAGAAACGAAAUGAAAUACCAGGUCC